CCCCUGGGUGUGCGGCGAGGCGGCGCCAUGCGGAGGGCGGGACUGUUGCUCGCUCUCAGCGGCCGGGCGUGGAGGUCUGUGCGGAUGGCCAGCUCCGGGAUGGCGCGCCGGGACCCGCUCGCCAAUAAGGUGGCUCUAGUCACGGCGUCCACCGACGGGAUCGGCUUCGCCAUCGCGCGGCGCCUGGCCCAGGAUGGGGCCCACGUGGUCGUCAGCAGCCGGAAGCAGCAGAACGUGGACCGGGCAGUGGCCACGCUGCAGGGGGAAGGGCUGAGCGUGACGGGCACCGUGUGCCACGUGGGGAAGGCCGAGGACCGGGAGCGGCUGGUGGUCACGGUGAGCAACAAGGGUAUGGGCACAGAGACAGGUGGUGGUGGAAGGGAGCCUGCCUGA